CGAUUCGGUUUUUUUUAGGCAGAUUAGUCAGAAUUAAUGUCAGAAAUAUUAUUAAUGUCUUGUGUUUGUGAAAUUCGCAGUUGAUAAUUGUCUUGUUUUGCUUGUAGUUUAUUUUCACACAAAAUUCGGAGUAAAUGUUGAGCCCUACGUAGACAAUUCGUCUACUGAUUCCUGUCCUAUAAAUGGAGCGACAUGAGUGCCACCUACGAGAACUAUGUUUAUUACAAGAAAGCGCGCCGAAGGUUUUCCAUUAAGACCUAUAUACUUUUGUUUGUCUGGCAGAUUUUAGCCAUUUUGCAGUGGGCCGUCGUUUGUCUCAUAGAUGAAAUACGGGACUUCUUCAUUGAGUACUAUUAUAUCUGCUUUGUGGCAUUUAUUUUGGCAGUUCUCCUGUUUGGUAUUUUCAUAUUCGUUGAGAAGCUGCGUUACAUCCCGGUAUUGAAUUUUAUAAUCUGCUUAAUAAUUGUCGAGCUGCAAAUUAUAGCGCUGUUUGCCUUAGUCGCUCGCACUUACUGGAUGGAUCUAAUAAUAUUCUUUGUUAUAUGUUUUGUGCUUCUUUGGCUGUUUAUACUGAUUGGUUCGGUACUUCCGAGGAAGCUUGACCUGACCUUAGAUGUGGCCAUAUUAUUCAUUGUUGGCUUUCUGUUCCUAGCUAUUGCCAUCUAUUUUUUGAUGUAUCGAUUCUUGGUACACCAAGUGGAGAUACAUUCAUACAUAGUCUUCGAAGUCGCUGUGACCAUAAUUAUUCUGUUUUUUGUGAUGUACCAUGCGCAGACUAUCAACGGCGGUCGAUUCGCCGAGAUGCGUCUGAACGACGCCUUACUGGGAUCGCUAAUUCUUUUCCACGACUUCCUUAUUAUAUAUUGGUUAACUUUCUACUGGCAAAUCCUAGAGAGACCUUUCACGCCCGACGAUUGGGAAUAUUUUUCCACAAUGACCGAUACGUCCUCAACAGCCAGCACUACUCCUAAAGACUAUAAAGAUAAAGGGGAUGCUAAUAAAGUACAAGGCCAGCGUCAUCUAGACGACGACCAAGAUGAUAACGAAGAUGAAGUCGAAGAUAAGGACGCAGACGACGGCCAAGAGGAUGAUAAAGAAGAAGACGUUAAGAAAGUUAAAAGUCGAGGCCGAGAUCGUGAUCAAGAGCAAGAGGAGGACGCAGAAGAGGAUGAAGCGCCGAACGCAAAUAGAAGAAGAAAACCAAGCUACAACACGGGUGGGGACGAUGAUAGAGGAACUGGUUCCAAGAGAGGCCCUAGUAAAGCGUCCAGGAGAAGGUUGUAUUCACCUAAAAACCCCAAGCUAAACGCACGAGAAAACCCGGAUGCAGGUUCUGAUGCCGACGCGAGCAGCGGCCAUGUUGCUGGCGUAGUUAGUGGGGACAAGGCAGAUGGGGCUGCUGGUGGGGUGGUGGACAACGAACCUAAAAGCGCCAGAAUUAAUGCUGUGGGAGACAAAUUAGCUGUCGAUGACGCCAGAUCCUCCAGUGUAACUACAGUAGAAGGCGCAGAGCCCGGUGCAGCGGCAGAUGAAGAUGGAGCGCUGUCUGUUGGAGCCUCUGCCGAAGAAUCCAAAGCAAAUGAUGGAGCAGUUGAAGAUGCUGAAAGAUUGAAUGUAGAUUUAGCAAGCGGCGCAGCUGAACACGGGCAACACGCAGAAGCUGCUAACGAUGCUAGCGGCGCAGGCGCGGGCGCAGGCGCAGAUGCUGAUGGGGGUGCCAAUAUGGGUGGGGAUGAACAAGAGGGCAUAGUAAGCGCUGGAGUGGACGGUGCAGCCGGAGAAGACAAUUCAGAUAGAAAGGAUUCUGUUGAUCCGCUGGGAAGAGACCAGUACUCAGGGAAUAUUAGCGCUGGAAAUGAUCCCGGUGGUGCCGCCGGUGGUGACGUUGGAGGUGACGUUGGAAGUAUCGUUGCUGGUGACGAUGCAGGUGACGUUAGAGAUGUCAGUGGAGCCGCCUAUGGUGCCACCGAUGGUGUCGCCGGGGGUAAUGCCGGUGGUGACGUUGGAGGUGACGCUGGAAGUGACGUUGGUGGUGAUGUUGGAGGUGACGUUGGAGAAAACGUUGGAAAUGUCGUUGGUGGUGACGUAAGAAGUGAUGUUGGAGGAGACCUUAGAGAUAUCAGUGGUGCCACCGGUGGUGCCGCCGGGGGGAAAACCGAUGGUGACGUUGCAGAUGAGGCUAGAAGAGACGUUGGUGGUGAUGUUGGAGCUGACGUCGGAGGAGACAUUGGAAAUGUCGUUGGUGGUGACGUUGGAGGAGACGUUAGAGAUCUCAGUGUUGCCACCGCUGGUGCUACCGAUGCUGCCGCCGGGGGUAAUGCCGGUGGUGAUUUUGGAAAUGACGUUGGAGAUGCCGUUGAAAGAGUCGUUGGUGGUGAUGUUGGAGGAGACGUUAGAGAUGUCAGUAAUGCCACCGAUGCUGCCGCCGGGGGUAACACCGGUGGUGAGUUUGGAAAUGACAUCGGAGGUGACACUGGUGGUAACGCAGUUGUUGGUGGUGAUCAACCUGUUGGUGGUGACCCAGUUGUCGGUGCUGCGGACCCCGUAGGUGGCGCUGGCUCAGGCGCAAGUGAAAUUGAGGACACAGGUAGUCAUGGUGGUAGAGUUAUUGAAGGUGAGGUUGGAGCAAAUGCAGUAACAGAAACAGGAGUCAAUCCAGACAUAUAUAUAAGGCCAGAAGAAACCGGCAGUGCAGGCGCAGAUGGAGACACUGGGAGCUAUGUAAAUAACGCUGCUGGCGCAGAUACGAACGAACCUGCCAAUGGUCAUGUAGAUGGCCCUGAUGGAAACCCUGAGUACACUGGUAAAGAGGCAGAUGGAGUGGGCGAUGAAGGUAUCAAUGCUGGUGGCUCUGAUGGAGACUUCAACGGAAGAGCCGAGCGAAGAGGAAAGCGUAAGAUCUGAAGAAGGAGAUGAAGCAGUUGAAGUGCAGAUGGAAGCUGCCGCAGGCUCGAUUUGGAAGUGCAAGUGUUUUGGAUGGCAAUGUGAAUAUCUCGACUAUAAGAGCUUAAGAUCCUGAUACCGUUAAAUAAUAUCUAAUUCUACUUGAGGGCUACGAAUUUACCCUUCAAGCAUACACUGUACAUACAGAAAGCCAAUAAACAGAUAUUUGUGAUUGUCAGUUUACACAUACAACAUAUCAAUAUUAAUAACUAAUAAUAUUUACGCUUA